GCACUGAAUAAAAUGAAGCAAAACAAAAUAUUUCCUUUAUGUCAAAGAUUUUAUGUGAAUGAAAAUGAAAUUUGAGACUUUUUAAUGUAAGAAUUGCAUUACUUAUUGCACAUUAGUAGCAGAAUAUAGAUCAGUGUGGUUGUAUUGGCAUUUUUACUGGGUUGUAAUGAAAGCUUUUCAUCCAGAUGUACCACAAUUCUGUGUUAGAGUUGUGAAAAAAACAAUUCUUUGAGGAAAGCAGUUCUAUUGAGGGUGGCGAGGCACUGGAACAGGUUGCCCAGAAAAGCUGUGGAUGCUUCAUCCCUGGAAGUGUUCAGGGUCAGGCCGGAUGGAGCUCUGAGCAACCUGGCCUGGUGGAAGUAUCCAUGGCAGGGGGUUGAAACUGGAAGAUCUUUAAGGUCCUUUCCAACCCAAACCGUUCUGUGAUUCAGUGACUUGAAUAUGCACUUGUGUUAGGGAAAACACCAUCCCUUGCAUUUGGCACGUGACUGUGGCAGCAUUUGCUCUUCCUGUGCUGCAUGUGUGGCAGUGUUGUGGCUUCUCUCCUGUGCACCAGGCAUCCUCACGUGGUUGGUUUCACAUUUAAAAUGAAAUCUUUAAUGCUGCAUAGUUGAAGCCUGUACUCUCACGGCAGUUGGUACCAGAUGAGCAUUCAGGUCUCUGGGUGCAGAGUGAACCCUGGCUGCCUUUCCUUCUCUUCCCAGCACAUGCUGGGGAACUUGGUUGUGUUUGAAUCAGGGAGUGAACAGUGCGUGAUCCAAACAAUCCACAAGGAAAGUCUUGUUACUGCAAAUACGACAUUUCUGAAUCAGCUGUUGCACAGAGAUGUUUGCUUGUCUGCUGCAUCUUGGGUUUUGCCUUGGGAAUGAAAACAUCGUGUCAGUAUUUCCCAUGGGAUGAGAGCACAAUUUUCUGAUCAUCUCUAGCUGUGGGUGCCUGAUUCAGACAGUAAAUUAUUAAAGAGAUAGAAAUGGCAGCAUUUAUAAGACAUGGUUUGUUAAAAGGUUUACAUAGUUGCACAACAGCAGGAGUUACUAGAUGCCUCUUUAGUUCACCCUGCCUAUGGAUGCAAGAAGCAAACUCAUAUAGUUUUGAUUCCUUGCAAUAGGAGGGUUGCUCUUUUUGUCCUGCUCCAAAAGGGAAGUUGCUCUUCAAGAAAUUAAAGGCAUGCAAAGGCCAGGAAUAAUUUCUUUGCCAAACAGCUGAUGAAGUCUAGACCCUGAGUGGUACCAGAGGAUUUAAAAAAAACCUGUUUGUAAACAGUAGCACUUUUGUUGUUAUUGUUUGUUUUGUUUUAAAUGUUGUGUCUUUAUUUUCUUUUUAAUUUUUUUUAUUUUCAACCCUGUUUUUGCCUUAUGUUCUUAAAUAUAAGAAUGACACUUGACAUGGUCUUGUUUAGGGCUCCUGCUUUCAAAGGAAACAGGGGUUUUACUGCAAGUUCUCUUUGAAGGGAUGAGCACAACAAUUUGUGACUACAUGCCUUUUUCUUUGCCUUCAUUUUCUGCAGUGCUGAUUCCUUCUGCUAAAGAUGGCUCAGAAAUGGGCAGCUCUGGCUGUGCUCCUUUUCUUGCCAAUCAAUCUGGUUGAAGCUCACAACAUGAGUGUAGAGGCUGGCCAUGAAGCUGUGCUGAGCUGCCCCAACGUCUCCAAGGUGACUUUGGUGCUGGUGACAUGGAAGAUGAGUUCCAGCAUUUGCCUCCUGUCCUACCGUAGGGAUCACAAUAAGACAAGCAGGGAGAACUGCAGUGAGAGGAUCACGUGGAAAUAUUCACCUGUCAGUGACCCUGCGCUUCGUAUUUACCCUGUGAACCUUGGGGAUGAGGGGAACUACACCUGUGAAAUUGCCAACAGUGAAGGGAAUUUUAAGUUUUUCACUUCUCUGACUGUGAUAGUCCCUCCUAUGGUGACUCUGACCCAGGACAAGAGCAGGGUGGCUGUCUGUCAGGCAUCUGCAGGAAAGCCACCUGCUGACAUCUCCUGGAUCCCUGCAAGCAGUCACAGCUCUGGGGAAGAAUCCCAUCACCCCAAUGGAACAGUGACCAGAGUUAGCUACUUGGGCUUGGCCAACAGCUCAUUUCCCUCUGUCACCUGCCUGGUCACCCACCCAGCCACGAACCAGACUCUGGUCAUGGACCUGAGAUACUCUUCCCAUGGGCUUCUCUACAUCCUGAUAGGAGCAGCUGCAGGUGUCAGUGCUGUCACUGCUGUGAUUUUAUGCUUGCUUUUCAGGUGCAGAGCUCGCUGGUUACGUAAAUGGGCACGUGGCCCGGCAGAACGCUUUACAACUAAAACCUACAAGUUCCCACCUUCACCUGCGAGAAGAGAAGCAGUCAAGCCUCCUGACUUUCUAGAGGAUAUUUAUGAGAAUUACAGCCCAAGAACUGUUUAUGUGUGCUUAUAACAGUGCAGGCACAAGUAGCCAGCUCAGCUAAUGAUACUCAGGUACUCGAACUUGCACUUCAGCUCUUAAGACCUUACCCACAAAAACCUCUGUCUUUCCUGACCUAAUGGUGGUGGGGCAGAAAGGCCCGUUUUAGUAAGUUUUUUUUUUCUCUUUCUCUAAAUGUCAGUACAGCUCUAGAAGAAGCUGGAGCUUUUAAAGAUUGAAUUAGGAAAAUACCUGAGUUUUGUUUGAAAGUGGACUCUGAUGUAUGUGCUGCCUUUCCUCAAAACAGCGAUGGACAUAUUUCUGUGCCAGAGUAAAAGACUGCUGGUGAAAAUAUAGCACUUUUCUUUCCAUUUUUCAACUGGAUUAUCUUUAAAGUUCUGUGUUGGAAACCAGAAAGUGACAUGGGGGACCUCAAAACACAGAAUGUCAAAGCAAUACAUCUAACAGAAAUGCAGAAAUAAGAGAGUUUUAGGGUUUUUUGGUGGUUUUGUUUUGUUUUGUGGGUAGAUGGUUGCACAUGACAGAUGAUGAUCUAGUAUUUGACAUAUUUGUUUAUUUUUGACUUUUUAACUUAUUUCUUUUUCAAUUAAUCUUUCUGUUUGCAUUGAUAAUGGAUGGAAAAUAAAACCAAUUUGAUAUUAUACUGGAUACGGAAAUGAGAAACAGCAAUGGACAAUUUUUGGACAUUCUUUAAAGUAAAUGUACAAAUAUGCAAAUACUUACCUGAAGGAUUUCUGUGGUUAUUUGUGUAAAUGUUUAUUGACCAGUUUCUGAGAAGCUGACAUCACAACAUGGUUUUACUGAGAACAGAAGUAUCAAGUUGUAUAAAGUGCAGGUGGUGGGCUUGUUUAAAACAAAGAAAAAAAAAGACA